AAGAAGGCAGUCAAUGGAGGGAACUUCGUAAGCGGUCUCAACCUUUGCACCCGAGUAGCCCUCCUCCCACCGCCCCUCCAUUGAUUUAUUAUCUUUGCUUAAGUGCAAUAGCCCCUACUUUGAUCUUGAUGGCUCGAGCUGGUGCUUGCUCGUGCCCUCUGGGGCUCAGGUUUGGGAAGCCAGUUUUUGCCCUUUUUUAAAAAAUAGGGGGAAAGUUGCACUUGUGAAGCUACAGAAUCUCUCGCGUGUUGGAGUCAAAUGGCUUGUAGUUGUCUGGACUGGGAUGCACAGCCUGCUUUCCCCCUUCUGAGCAGCAACGGAGAGGGCCCGGUGUAAGACUGGAAUGUUUCCUACGCAGGCAGGGCAAAGGAGGAUGCUUAAUAAUGAACAACAACAACACAUAUUUCAACUUUCAGUACUGUUUGUGUGACUGUUAUUGAGUGAGUCCUGUGUUUUGGAUUCUUUCAAUGGCAGAAAAUGGAGUUCCAGAAAAUAAAAGGCCUCGAAGAAGCUUAUCCCUAGGUAAUAAACUCAGGAAAAAAGCAAGCAAGAAGUAUGGGGCGGAAGCUGAAGGUGCAUCCCCUUCUGCCUCUAUUGCUUCGUUUUUUAGUAACACUACCCCUUCGCGAGUUGCCUGUCCCCUGUGCGGGCAGGCAGUGCCAAGAUACAAAAUCAAUCAGCAUAUUGAUGAGGCAUGUCAAAAGAGCCGCAGCGCUGAGGAGGACGACGUGAUUCUGCUUGAGCCUCCAUCGGAGACUUCAGGGGGCAACCAGCGGAGCAGUUCCAGUCCAGAUUCUGCAAAGGACACCUCGACCUCAGAGAAGAACCCAAUACCUCCGGAAGGCAGUGGCCUUAAAAGAAAACUUGGGGCUGGAGAACAGACAAGCCCUUAUUUUAAAGCGGGCGGCAACUUGAUAGGGAGUGACAGCAAGCCCGUGGUUCGAGUAGCUAAAAACAUCUCUCUGGGAAGGUUGUCAUCUAAACUCUCCAGGAGACGCUAUGUGCAGGGCGAUAAUGUGGUAUGCGAGCAUGCUGAGACCUGUCUGGCUCCUGACACGCAAAAUAAUGCUGUUGAAUGGAACCCAGGAGAUACGACUGCUGAGAGUGGCUCCCAGAAAGAAAACUGUUCUCCUUUUUCAACAUUUGAGGAACAGCGAAGUCCCAAAGAAAGUUUAAGACAUGCAACUGGAACUGUGGGCAUAGCACGAGACGCUGAUCCAGGAGCGCUCCAGGUUGGGUCUGAGAAUUCUACUCCUGUGUUAAUUCCUUUGGCUGAUCUUGGUUGCAGUGAACUUGCCCUGCCAUCAGCAGGGGCCAGUGAGCAGCCAGUUCCUGAUAAUGGCCAACAUGCAGCGUGUUCAGCGGCUUACACAGAAGUAGGGCCAUCCGAUCGGGAAAGCCAGGAGCUCUCAUCUGGUGAGCACGUUCUGUCACCUCUUGCAAAACCAGAGCCCUUUAGGCAAAACCCGAAAUCCUCCGUUGGGAAGGGUCAUGCAAAACAGCUUCUUCCUGAAGACCAUCAGGACUUAUGGAAUGAUGUGGCCGAGGGUCGUGCGAGGCCUAAUGAAGAACUGACUUUUGGGAAUACAAGAAGCGCCAUUUCUGGAAUGCUCCUAGAUCCGUCUGGCUCUGCCGCGGACUUGGGCGGGCAUCCAUAUUAUCUCCAGAACUUUCUAAAGGUCGUACGAGCUGUGCUGGAGGACUCGGAUGAUGUAAGGCUUUUCAAUGCGAAUGAAUUGCUGCUCGUUGGGAAAUUUUAUGAGCUCUCAGCCAAUGGACAAAAAUUGUACGUAAGGCUUUUUCAACGCAAACUGAGCUGGAUAAAAAUGAGCAAAAUAAAAUAUGCUGAGAUUGGCGAUGAUUUGUUGCCGUACGUCGAAGAGCUCAUUGGAACAGGAUUCCUAGAGUCAGACUUAGAUUUACAAGAUUUGUCCGAGGUUCUUGACUUGCUUUCCGCCCCUGAGCUGAAAAUCUUGGCGCAGACCUUCCACCUGAAAAACCCAAAUGCUCAAAAGCAGCAGCUCCUGGAGGAGCUCCUAAAGCUGGCAAAGCAGCGCUCCAUCUUUGGCAGCAAGGCCUCGGGCAUCGGAAGCGUGAUUCUGAAAAGGGCGAAGGAUCUGGCGGGGAAAUCCAUCCGGCUUUGUAAAGGCCCCCGGGACAUGUUCUCACGGGUGCUGCUGCUGUUCUCCUUGACCAUCCCCAUGGAGGAAGAGGAAGCUGGCAGCGGCGGCCAAAAAGCUCUCUCCACCAUGCUGCUGGUCAACUUGGGCCGGACAGCCUUCCCUGCUUACACAGUCAAGACAGAACAUCGGAUAUUUCAGGAUCGGGACGACUUCCUCAGGUACGCCACUGCUGCGCACACAUCCAAUGACGUCUCUUUGGCUAUGGCAAAUCAAGACUGGGAAGAAGCACACAGGCUUUACAAGGCUGCAAAGGAUGCCUGGCAGAAAUUGGCGGCUCAUCCUUCUCUGAGGCACCACGCAGCCCUCCCGGAGUAUCUGCGGUGCUUCACAGUGGGGUGGGUGUAUACACGGAUCCUGUCGCGGGGCGUCGAGAUCUUGCAGAGACUUCACAUGUACAAGGAGGCCGUGGAGCAGCUCGAAGACCUCCUGACUCAAGAGGUUUAUUGUGCUGACAGCAGAGGUCGGUGGUGGGAUCGGCUGGCCCUUGAUUUGCACCAACACUUGAAGGAUGCAGAGAAGGCCAUUGGCUGCAUCAGGAAAGGCCUCUUGGAUCCAUUCGUGCGCACAGGUCAUCGGCUCGCCCUCUCCCAGAGGGCCCAGCGGAUGAAAGAGUCCCCAGCUUGUAAGAAACUGAGACAUCUUCUUCAAGACCUGCCAGUCAUCUCAGCGGAAGACGUUGCACAUGUUACCAUCAAAGGGAAGCAGUGCCCACAGACUGGGAUGGGGAAGUCAGUGUUCAUCACGGAAGAUCUUGGACCAGAAGAGGGGGGAGAAGAUCUUGAGCCCUCUGUGGUCGUGUGCUCUGUAGAGGAGCUGGCCUUGGCCCACUACAAGCGGGAGGGCUUUGAUCAAGGCAUUCAUGGUGAAGGGACGACAUUCGGCACUCUCUACGGCCUCCUAAUGUGGGAUAUCCUCUUCAUGGAUGGAGUCCCCGAUGUCUUCAGAAACCCUUAUCAGUCCUCUCCCCUGGAUUUAUACACUGACAGCUUUUAUGAGAACCGGAAGGAGGCCAUUGAAUCCAGGCUGCGGUUACUGCGUGAUGCUUCACCGGAGACCCUGGCGGAGUGGAUAGGUGACGUAUGGAAUGCACAGAAGGGCAAAGCAGCAGCGCUAGUCAACUGGGACCGGUUCUCUUCCCUUGAGCAGGCACAGAGUCUGGUACGUUGCUUUGGUGGUCCAUUUCUGAGCGGAGUUUGUCAGCGGCUCUCCAAAGACCUGCGCCACUGUAGGGGCGGCCUUCCCGAUCUUGUUGUGUGGAGAAUGGAAGAUCAUCAAUUUAAGGUGGUGGAGGUGAAAGGCCCCAAUGACCGCCUCUCUCCCAAGCAGAUGCUGUGGUUGGCUGAGCUGCAGCGCCUGGGAGCAGCCGUGGAGGUCUGCCACGUGGUCGCAAUUGGAUGUAAGAGCAAACGUCUUAGCUGAUGGAGUCUGUCAUGGUGGUUGAGUUCCAAGCCCGGGCAACAACACCAAAUAAAAUUUCUGCUAUGUAUCCCAUUGAGUUGCCAUUCUUGGUUUUUAUAAAAGAAACACAAAUCACAAUUCUUCUCCAUCCCCUGUUCCCGCGUGCACCUGUUAAAGAGUUGGAAGUUCUCCUUUCGUGUUUAUUUUAACAAAAUAGGCACUCUUUCUUUUUUUCUUGAACAGGACUCUUCUAAACUCAGG